CAGCUGCCUCCUGUCACUCACUCACUCACUCUGAGUCCUCUGGCUGUUCACACUCUUCACUCCUCGGCCAUGGCGCUCCAGCGAGCACUUGUGUCCACCACCGUCCUCCUCCUCGCACUCUUCUCAUCUGAGUGCUGGGGCAGGAACGAGGAGGAGCGUCUCAUCCACUACCUGUUCAAAGUGCGGGGAUACAACAAGGAGCUGCGUCCAGUGGAGACACAGCAGGAAGCCGUCGACGUUUACCUCGCCCUCACACUCUCCAACCUCAUCUCUCUGAAAGAAGUGGACGAGACGCUGCUGACAAACGUAUGGAUCGAUCAUAUGUGGACUGAUUACCGACUCUCGUGGAACUCAUCAGAGUUUGAUGGGAUUGAAAUGCUGCGUCUGCCGCCCAGUAUGGUUUGGCUGCCGGAGAUCGUUCUGGAAAACAAUAACGACGCUCAGUUCCAGGUGGCGUAUUACUCGAACGUGCUGGUGGGCAACACUGGUCUCUGUUAUUGGCUUCCUCCCGCCAUCUUCCGCUCCUCCUGCUCCAUCAACGUCAACUACUUCCCCUUCGACUGGCAGAACUGCACGCUCAAAUUCACCUCUUUGACCUACAACGCAAAGGAGAUCAGAAUGUUGCUGAAGGAGGAGGAGGACGAGACCAGUAAAUGGACGGUGGAGUGGAUCAUCAUUGACCCUGCGAGUUUUACAGAAAACGGCGAGUGGGAGAUCAACCACCGACCAGCCAAGAGGAACACGUACAAACACAUUCCCAUGGAGAGCAACAAGCACCAGGACAUCACCUUUUACCUGGUCAUCAAACGCAAACCUCUGUUCUACAUCGUCAACAUCAUCAUCCCCUGUGUGCUCAUCUCCUUCCUGGCCUCGCUCGUCUACUACCUUCCUGCUGACAGUGGUGAGAAGAUGACCUUGUCCAUCUCAGUUCUCCUGGCUCAGUCUGUCUUCCUGCUGCUGAUUUCUCAAAGACUUCCAGAAACAUCCUUGUCUGUGCCACUUAUUGUGAAGUAUUUGAUGUUCAUCAUGGUGUUGGUCACCGUGGUCGUGCUGAACUGUGUGGUUGUUCUCAACCUGCACUUCAGGACACCGAGCACACACGUCAUGACAGAGUGGACCAAGAGGAUCUUCCUGGAGCGUCUGCCUCGGAUCCUGCGCAUGUCCCACCCUGCGGACGCGGAGCCGCACUGGGACGGGGCGUUGCCGCGGCGAUCCAGCUCUGUGGGUUACAUCGCAAAGGCCGAGGAAUACUACACGGUCAAGUCCCGCAGCGAGCUCAUGUUUGAGAAACAGUCAGUGAGACACGGACUGAGGACACGCACCACGCCUGCUGCAGUGGUGAAUCCACAGACAGAUGGAGAUUUGACAGACCAGCUGUACGCAGAGAUCAAGCCUGCGGUGGACGGAGCGAAUUACAUCAUCAAACACAUGCGAAACAAGAACGACUACAACGAGGAGAAGGAUAACUGGAGCGGCAUCGCUCGCACCGUGGAUCGCCUCUGUCUCUUCCUGGUCACUCCGGUCAUGACACUCGGCACCAUCAUCAUCUUCCUGAUGGGAAUCUGUAACCACCCACCGCCUCUGCCUUUCCAAGGAGACAAACACGACUACAGAGAGGAGAACCCCCGUCUGCUCUAACAGGGAAUCGCACACACACACACACACUGACACUGACACUGUCACUGGUCAUGUGACUUGUUGCUUCUUUAUUACAUUUGAUUGACCUCUUUUUUUUGCUGUAUAGCUGUGUGUCGUUAUAUCACUAUUUUAAUUUUAUCAGUGUGGUUUGAAUAAACAUUUACACUCAGCAGA